CCCUAAUCCUAGUUCCACCAAUACUAAUAGCACAAACCAUAUUCAAACGAGUUCUGAUAGUAAUUUGGUGCUUUCGGCCGCAGCAAGCGAUCGCAACCAACGGAGAGAGGAUUCUGCACAGAAAUUCAUCGUCACAAUCAUGGGUAAGGUUCACGGUUCACUUGCUCGUGCCGGAAAAGUGAGAGGCCAAACACCAAAAGUGGCCAAGCAGGACAAGAAGAAGAAGCCACGUGGCCGUGCUCACAAGCGUAUGCAGUACAAUCGCCGAUUCGUCACCGCCGUGGUUGGAUUUGGCAAGAAGAGGGGCCCCAACUCAUCGGAGAAGUAGGGUUGAUUCUUGAAGAAUAUCAGGGUCUUAACUUCGAAAAUUUGCUUAUGAAAUUUUAUUUUAUUUUUCUUCUUUUUUGGAUGUUAGUGGUUCGAUUAUGAUCUUUGAACGGUUUUUGUGUUAGUUAAAUAUCAAACUAUAUUAUUUUGCAUACACUUUCUAAGUUGUUGCUUAGUUCAAUUUUGUAACUGCUUUAAGAUUUUAAUCAUUUUUUGUUAAAUUGUGCUUGGUA